AUUUUAUUCUGCUUAAAUAACAAUUUCUGCGUUUGCACAUAGAAGCAAACUCGUCUCUGUCAACAAACAACCAAACCAUGGACUUUAUUCAGAAACUACUCUCUGGGUUCAGGCUCGACUUGGGACCUGUAAAGGAGCCUUUGGGAUUUAUUCGCAUUUUGGAGUGGUUAUUCUCUAUCUUUGCUUUUGCCACCACUGGCGGGUAUCAAGGAUCCACCACCAUAUCACUCACCUGUCCUGAUGCCAUAAAGAAUAUCACCGCAGUCUUCGGCUAUCCGUUCAGGCUCAAUAGCCACUCGUUCCACAUCCCUGACUGCAACGCCAGCCUCCCCAGCAACACGUCCUUCCUGAGGGGCGAUUACUCCUCCUCGGCGGAGUUCUACGUCUGUGUGGGCGUCUUCGGUUUCCUUUACUGCACCUUCACCAUCGUCCUGUAUCUGGGCUACCAGCAUGUUUACAGAGAAACCACCAGAGGACCCACCAUUGAUUUGUUUGUGACUGCAGUGUUUGCCUUUCUGUGGCUGGUCUCCUCCUCCGCCUGGGGUAAAGGCCUGACUGACGUGAAAUCUGCCACCAGCCCGGAAACGGUGCUCCAGUACUGCUAUCCACCCUGCAAAAGCGCGAUCUUUCCCGCCAUGGGCCGUCUCAACGCUUCCGUGAUCUUCGGAUUCCUGAAUCUCGUCUUGUGGGCGGGGAACUGCUGGUUCAUCUUUAAGGAGACUCCGUUUCACAAGCCCGCCAACCCUCCGCCCAAUCUCGAGCAGGGAGCUCCGAGUUCUUAAACGGAUGAAGCAGACUCCCACCACUCCAUACAAGCCAAUCACAAAACGGAGCACGCCAAGUUUCAUAAGCGGAGGCUUUAGCUCAAACCGAGUGGCCCGGCUGUGGGCAGCGCGGUGAACUUUUACACACACGGUGCCAGAUGUUCAUUAUUAUCAGUCAUUAUCAGAUUCAGUUUGGUUGGAUUGUCUGGAGUGAGUUUAGUAAUCCAGGGAUUCUCAACCUCUCAUGUCCCACCUAUUCACUCAGCAUGAUUGUUUUUAGUUCAUUUAAUAAAUAUGGUUAAUAAUAUACACCGAUCAGCCAUAACAUUAAAACCACUUUGUUUCUACACUCACUGUCCAUUUUAUCGGCUCCACUUACCAUAUAGAAGCACUUUGUAGUUCUACAAUUACUGCCUGUAGUCCAUCUGUUUCUCUACAUGCUUUGUUACCCCCUUUCAUGCUGUUCUUCAAUGGUCAGGACCACCACAGAGCAGGUAUUAUUUAGGUGGUGGAUCAUUCUCAGCACUGCAGUGACACUGACAUGGUGGUGGUGUGUUAGUGUGUGUUGUGCUGGUAUGAGUGGAUCAGACACAGCAGCGCUGCUGGAGUUUUUAAACACCUCACUAUCCAAAAAUAUCCCAUCAACAGCGCCCCGUGGGCAGCGACCUGUGACCACUGAUGAAGGUCCGGAAGAUGACCGACUCAAACAGCAGCAAUAGAGGUAGGAGUGUCUAAUAGAGUGGACAGUGAGUGGACACUAUUUAAAAACUACGAAGUGCUUCUAUAUGGUAAGUGGAGCUGAUCAAAUGGACAGUGAGUGUAGAAACAAGGAGGUGGUUUUAAUGUUAAUGCUGUAAUAAAUACAAUAUAAUAUUUCAUACAUAUUUCAAGUAUUUGAAGCAAAAACUGGCUAUUUGGCUCUAACUUUUGUAAGAAUAGCCCUUAGUGAACAUAAGCACUUGAUUGGAAUUAUGUUUAUUUAAUUACUAUUUAAUUUAAAGUUACUCUGUCCAGCUUGCUUCUCUGGGUGUAGGUCCAGUGACCACGAGAGGGCGCUGUUUAAACCCCCUCUGUAUCACAGAACCAAACAAGAACGCACCAAAUAUGCAGACAUAUUACAAUUAGCUCCCUUUUAUGCAGCCAGUACAUAAUAUACAAAUUCUUACACUUUGCCUUAUUGCAGAAGGAGCUACAUGUUUUAUAUUAGGAAGGUUUAAGCUGUAAGAUAAGCUCCUGUCCAGUUAGUUGGUCAUUGUGUGUACUCACCUUGUGUGUUUAGGUAAAUUGAGCCCAGUUUCGUGACUAUAUAAAGUUCCUGCACCAUUA